AUGGCAACAUCUACAAGAACACAGGCAGGUAUUGCAAAUGCAACACAACCACUAAAAAAUAGGCAAGUACUUGUUUGGCUAGAUGAUAGUGCAGAAGAAGACCCUGGUGUUAAAGAAGUUCUAACUUCUCUUUUCGACAAUGUAUUUACUUUUACUAAUCCUGAAACGUGUCUUGAAUUAGUUGAAUCAAUUGAAACGGAAACACCUUGUUUAUCAAUUCUUGUUUCUGGUAAAUAUGGUCAAAUGCUUGUACAUGAUCGUUUACAACCAUUAUAUCAAGUUAAAAAUAUAUAUGUUUUUUGUUUUGAUACGGUAAAACAUGGUCGUUGGGCACAGUUAUGCGAUAAAGUUCGAUGUGUUUUUUCAGAGAUAAAUAAAAUUUUUCAAUGUAUGCAGUACGACAUACAAAAUACGGUAGAACAGCAGCAGCAGCAGCCAGAUAAACAAGAAUCGCAACAAUGUGAACGUUUUACGGAUGAUAAUAAUAUAUUUGAAUAUCUUGCAUUUAAUCUUAUAAUUCAAAGUCUAGAUGAUGGUAUUGAAGAUUUUAACAAUUAUUGUCAAACGCAUAGGGAAAUGAAAGAGCCAGAUCCUGAACAUGUUGCUGUAGAGAAUCAUAUAAAAAUACAAGAACAAUCUAUUCAAGAAUGGUAUCGAUCAGAUUUAUGUUUUACUAAUAUAUAUUCAAAUGAUCUAACUCAACUAUGGACACUACGUUGGUUUAUAAGACAUUUCUAUCGGCAAUUAAUUAAUGAACAAGACAAAUCUAUUAAAGAUAAAACAAAAUUUACUACUAAUCAUGGUACAUGGUUAAGUACAGAUGAACUUGAUGCAAUGAAACAUCGUAUUGGUGAAAUAAUUAUUGUCAGUGAGUUAUUGAUGACAUAUACAAAUCGACAAACAGCACUUGAUCAUAUCCAAAAUGCUAAACACAACAAACAUAAAGUUUUAUUCCAAAUAAAUAUUGAUAGAACUCUUCAUGGAAUUAUACCAUUUGGUGAAAUAAAUAAUGAAGAGAUUUUAUUAUGGUUUGGUGCUCGAUAUCGUUUAAUUAAAAUUGAAUAUAUAGAACAACCAGAUCCAUAUUGGUUAAUUGUUUUAAAUUUAUGUUCAGCACUUAAUUUACAAACUUCUAUUCAAACUUUAUAUGAAUAUUAUUUUAAAGAAUUAACAGAAUUAAAUAAUAUUCACUAUGCAUUUGGUCGUAUACUAAUGUAUAAAGGUUUUUAUAUUCAAGCAGAAAAAUGGUUACACAUCGAUUAUCAUUAUCAAGAGUUAGCUGAAUUAGCUAUACGUCAAUGUCAUUAUGAACAUGCUAAAGAAUAUCUUGAACAUUUAUCUGAUGAUUGUCCUAAUGCUAAUUUAUUACGUGCUUAUUUAGAUAUUUUAACAUCGAAUGAUAAUUGUUCAAAAGCACGUAUCAUCUUACUAAGAAUUUUUUCUGAAGCAACAGAUAAACUUGUACGAGCUCGUGCUAAUUUAGCUUUUGGUUUUAUUCAUUUAAUUCUAACAAAACAAAUUGAUCAGGCAUAUGAACAUUUUACAUUAGGUAAUGAAGUUUUACAUAAACUUUUACCAGAUAUUCAUCCUGAUAUUGCUAGAUCAUAUAUUGGAAUUGGUUAUACACUAUAUAUGCAAGGUAAUAUAGUUGAUGCAAAAAAAUAUUUUCAAAUGGCUUUUGAUAUUCAAAAACAAUCAUUAAUAUUUAAUCAUCCAGACUUUGCUAAAUCUCGUAAUGGUCUUGCACAUUGUUUAUCAAAUGAUAAACAUACAGUUAAACAAGCAUUGAAUGAAUCUGAAUAUGCAUUAAAUAUUUUAUUAGAUACGUUUCAAUACAAUCAACAGCAUCAUCCAGAAAUAAUAGCAACAAUGAAUGAUAUUGAAAAAUUAAGAAAAGGAAAAGAAUUACAUUCUCGUAAUACAUUACUUGAUUAUAUUUGA